AAUCACGGGCAGUGGAGUGGAGGAGGGCGCAGAGUCGAAGAACAAGGGAGCCAGGGCGCACAGACUUUGGGGGACACUUUAGUUUAGUACGUUUAUGUUGCACCUUUUAAAACUGUCUGGAAUGAAGUCUGUUUUGAAGCCAGAGAAUGGUAUGAGUUAAACCUUGCAUCUUUUUGUCUUUUGUCUCCUCAUCCUCCAUCCGUCUCCAGCUCCGUUGCGCACUGGACCCCUUCCGCCUAACGUCUCUCCUCUCCUCGGAUGAUGAUAAUGUGGACUUUACCGGCUCUUCUCCUGGCUCUUUCCCCAGCUGUGGUGCACGGGAGCUGGGGUUGUCAGCUCCCGCACGACUGGAGACCCCAAACCGAGUCGUGCCGUGCCGAGUUGGCUGAAAUAAUCGUUUUUGCCAAAGUUUUAGCGCUGCACAAGGAGACGUAUAGUGUGUAUAAUUAUCUUCCAUGGCAGCACGACACGGAUUUGUUGUAUUCUGCAGAGAUUGAGUUGUUGUGUGACCAGGCGUGGGGCAGCAUGCUGGAGAUGCCCGCGGGAUCCCGGUUUAACGUGACGGGGCUCGGGUACUUCCCCUGCUUCUCCUACAGCGUCACGGAGAACAACAACUACUACUUCUUUCUCAAGAUGGAUGAAGAUUACAACAUCCUUCCUCAUGGAGUGAACUUCCAGGACGCCAUAUUCCCCGAUGUUCCCGAGAAUCACCGCAUGUUCUCCAGUCUGUUCCAAUUCUCCAACUGCACCCAUGGGACCCAGGUCCACAGCUUCACUGCAGAGUGGGAGGCACAGGAGGACACCAGGUUGCUGUGCUCUACGGUGCAAAAGGCUUUAUUUGAAGAAGAGGAGCGCGUUCAGAAUUUGACCCAACAAGUCCGAGUUUUGGAGAAAGCGAAUGGCCAUCUGAGAGAGAGAGUGAAAACCUUGAAACGUCAGCUACGGCAAGCCCAAAGGGACAAUAAGGACCAGCAGACUCUCAAUCUCAAACAGAUUUAUGAGUCCACGCAACCUCACCCCGAUCAGGAUACAACCGGAGAGGAGAAAACAGCACCAAGCAAAAAGGGACCCAACAGGAAACUAAAGACUUAGAAUUGUACAGUAACCUACUGGACUGUAUACAGCUUAGUAGUAUGUAUAUAAGGAUAGGGUAAUAAUGCAUUCAUUUUAUAUAGCGCUUUUCCAUACGCUCAAAGUUAUUCAUUCCAUACUCAGUGGUGGUAGAGUAAUAUUGUUGCCAGUGCCACAGCUGCCUUGGGGUAGACUGAUAGAUGCAAGAUGGCCAAUUUGUCAAACACCACCAAUCACUCAAUUAUACACAUAAGUCAUAUAUUCACAAGUGUUCUUGAACAGUUUAGUCCUGAUGUAGACCUGUUCUUGUUCUGGUCAUAGACUGCAUGUAUAAAUGAGCAUAGCUAACCUUCUAGCUGCCACGUACGAAAUAGGAACUGAUCAUGGGGUGCGCUACCAGCUCCAUUGUCUCUGGCUCCAAUUCACUUCACAUUGGAAAACUGUCACCCCUCUCUCCGUAACGGUAUUAAAAUGUUCGUAUUGGCCCGCUCUACAUGAUCCUAGUAUUUUUAUUUCGCUAUUGUGUCUGCAACUCAAGAUAUGAACAUUAAUAACAGACAAAUCAGCUGCCUUCUUCCCCCAAGGUCGCUCCCACUAAUGUUAGCAACAGGUUUAAUUGACAGUUGAUAUUACGGGUGACGUCACACUCACUUAGUCCACUUCUUUAUACAGUGUAUGAUUCUGGUCUCGUCCUUGUUUAGUUCCAGGUUUAGUCCUAAUUGAGUUUGGGGAACCUUGGUUUAUCCCUCCACAAAGUUGUUCUGAAAUGCACAGAUUCAUAUAUUAGUUUAGCAAUUUAGAAUUCAACUCUUAAACUGUCAGUGUUCUUGAAAAUGUUUGAAAAGUGCACACAUCAAAUCACCGGUGUCUGUGUACACUAUAAAAGUAAGUGAAAGUUGAUGUAAAGUGCUUUGAGUGUCUUAAAGGUAGAAAAGCGCUAUGUAUAUGUCAACAUUUACCAUUUUAUCUGGCCUAAAUCCUCCUCCUGUCAUCUUCUUCAUCUUCUCCUCCUAUUCACCAGAGUUUAAACCCCAUAAGAAGAUAUUUUCCUCUAUAGAACCUUUACAUCCUCUCCCUUCCCCACACCUACAGUAUACAGUAAGAACUCUUAUGUUGGUUUAGCAAUUUAGAAUUCAACAUUUCCUCAACUGUUUAUGUUCUUGAAAAUGUGUAAAACGCGCACGCAUCAAAUCACUAUUACCAAAUUUUCCCAAACAUUACAAUAAGACUUUUUCCCCAACUCAACCUUAUUUCAAAACAUUGUUGUUGUAUCUGUGCUGGACACAAUUGCAUUUCUUUAUAUUGUAUUUUCAUCAAGCAAAAAAAUCUCUCGCAGAAUCUGUUACGAAGCUUAAAGUUUUGUCAUUUGAGGAUGCUUGUUUUAUAUUGUAAUAUUAACAUGAGAAAAUGCAGCUUAGACAACUAUUUUUAUACUUGAUGUGUGGGUAAGCUUGUCCUUGUUGUUUUGUUUUUAUUUUGACAAUAUUAUAUUACAAGAACUGUUUUAAGUGUUUUGUAUUUGAUAAACAGGUGCUGAGCAUCUACUGCGAGCCUAUGAGGUCCGAGAUUAUUGUGUAAUCAUUGUUUUAAGCCAAAAAUGCUGUUAUUGGUAGCUAUUAGUAAACUGUUUAAAGCCAUAAGUGUAUUACCAACGGAGCAGGGGCGGCGCCAGGAGGGGGCUUGAGGGGGCACUGGGCUCAGAUACAAUGGCCAAUGCUCCUCCAUAGCUCUCCCUAAGACAAAUCCAAUUCUGAGUGUUCAAAAUGACACUACAAUAUAUUUUAAAAAGUACAUGUUUUAUAAAAUCACUACAGUUGAACUUGAUUAAAACAGGAAAACAAACACAGAAGGGGGUGGGGAUGUGCUCCAUUGUUAAAAAGCUCCAAGAAAACAGAGACAGAGAGAGAGUAUAAUAGGUGUGCAAGAUAUACAUAUAGAGAAAGGAAAUAGAGGGAGCACCCGCAUUGAAGACCUUAGCAGCCCCUUAACCCCUUCAACUAAAAUGUCUGGUGCUGCCCCUGCAAGAGUACAGUAUAUAGUAUAGGCUAAGAACAUUUCAGUGGUAGGGCCUGCCAUGUUUUAACAGGAAAAGUAUUUUUAGGAUACUAUCACUUUAAAACUUUGUAACAUAGAACAUUUAUAUUUUUACAUGUUGCACAGUUACAAAAUUUAUGAUACUGUAGUGAUACAUUUUAUGAUAAAAGCAUCAGAAAUAAAAUAAAAAUAAACAAAAAAUUGUUUCGCAAAAGUAUAGCAAUUUCUGGCGAUGUUUCAGAAUGUUUUAUAUUUUGCAAUGGCAUGAAACGUAUUUAGAAAAACCUUGAAAUGUAAAAAACCUAAAAUUAUAUUCAAACUAAACUUCACAAUAAGUUCACGUCUGCCGACUUCUAUGCACCAAACCAAAACAUAUUUACAGCUUACACGUUGUUUACAAGAAUUGUGUCAUUUCUCAUGUGUUACUUACUUGCAUAAUCUUGUGUAUCACUUUAGUUUUGAUAAUAAAUGAGUCUUUAUAU